UCUUUUGGGAGAAGAAAAUGGAACUUCAAACUAAGGCAGGAAUCAGUAACUAAAUAAACAACAUAUAGAAAAACUCCAACUGUCGGGGGGAAUCAGCAAUUCAAUAAACAACACAGAAAAACAUUCAAUAUACAUUAACCGUUACGCCCACGUUGGACUGCAUAUAAACUUGUUCAACCAAGAAAUUUUACGCCCAUCCAUCAACGCCGGAGAAAAGGGUUAGCAGAAGAAAGAGGUCGGCAAUGGAAAACCUGCAGGGAGGAGGCGGAAAGCGGCGGCGCGUGGUGCUGGUGCCUUAUCCCUUCCAGGGGCACAUCACGCCCAUGCUUCAGUUAGGGAGCAUUCUUCACUCCCGUGGGUUCUCCGUCACCGUCGCCCAUCCUCAAUAUAACUCACCUCCUCCUUCUUCUCAUCCCGAGUUGGAAUUUCACAGUUUAUAUGACGGCUUGUCCGGCUACCAAUUGUCUUUUCAGAGCUUGCUUGCUGCCAUUUAUGGCAUGAAUGAGAAUUGCAGGGCUUCACUGGAGGAGUAUUUGGUUCAGUUGAUGGAAGAAGAAGAAAAGCAGGAUAUUGCGUGCAUCAUCUACGACAACAUCAUGUUUUUUGUGGACGAUGUGGCGACUCAUCUAAAGAUUCCCACCAUUGUCUUGCGCCCUUUCAGUGCUAAUUACUUGAAUUCUCUCCUUUCCAUUCUUCAACAAUCAGACGCCAUCUUUCCCUUCCAAGACAGUAGUAUUCUUGAGCCAUUGCCGGAUCUUCAUCCCCUGAGGUUCAAGGAUCUGCCAUUUCCAACGAUCAACAACCAUGUUAUUGAACCGGUAGUCGAUUUCUCGGUGAGAACAAAUGACAUAAGAUCUUCAGUGGCGUGCAUUUGGAACAGCGUGGAUGAACUGGAGCAUUCAGCGCUGUCAAAGCUUCAACAGCGCUACAAAGUUCCGUUCUUCCCCAUCGGACCUUUCCACAAGCGGGCUUCUGAUUCCUCCACCAGUUUGCUAGAAGAAGACAAAACCUGCCUGGAAUGGCUGGACAGGCAAACCCCAGCCUCAGUUCUCUAUGUAAGCAUUGGGAGCUUCGUGAAAAUGAGCGAAAAAGAUCUGGUUGAAACGGCUUGGGGCUUGGCUAAUAGUGAUCAGCCGUUCCUGUGGGUGGUCCGGCCUGGAUCCGUCGACGGCGGCUCCGACCAGCUGCCGGAGGAUUUCGAGAGAGUGGUCGGAGACAGAGGGAGGAUCGUGAAAUGGGCCCCGCAGAGGAGUGUACUAUCACACCCGGCCGUGGGUGGGUUCAUGAGUCACUGCGGGUGGAACUCGACUCUGGAGAGUAUAUUCGAAGGGGUUCCUAUGAUCUGCUCGCCGGUUCUUUCCGACCAACCGGUGAACGCAAGGUACCUAACGCAGGUAUGGAAGGUGGGAAUGGAAUUGGAGAGAGCCGAGAGAGGCGUUAUCGAGACGACGAUUCGAAAACUCAUGGCCGGGGAUGAAGGCAGGGAAGUGAGGAAGAGAGUUGUUGAUUUGAAGCUCAAGCUAAUUGAGUCUUGUAUGGAGAAAGGUGGGUCUUCAUAUCAAGCCUUGGAUGAACUAGUAGAGUUCAUUUCUUCAUUACCAUGAGUCUUGUUUUCUAUCAGCUUUAAUCGAAUUUGUUAUGAACUGAUUUCAAUCUAUGCUUUUCAGAUCAUUUACAUGUUUCAAUAAUCACAGUUUACUACAACAUUACUAUCAAGAUAUUUCUGAUAGUGAUUCAUGAUUGUGUGUUGUUUUCAUAGAAUUUUUUGUAGUUUUCAAUGAAAUUAAUGUCACACUGUAA